GCUUGUCUCCGCCCAGACGGGCGCGUCGGCUGACUGGACCGUUGCAUUCUGGAGGACGUCGCCCGCGGUCAACAUUGCCCGGCGGCAUGUCUCGGAAGCGCGCGGUGGGCAGCCGGAAGGUGGGGAAUACUAGCAUUGCCCAGCAAGAGGAAGCGGAUGUCUUUGAAGAUAAGAAAAUAAGACACCGAAAGAAGAGCCUGCGCUCAAAAGUUUCACAAGGAAAGAGGAAGAGAGGUUCCGGUGAUCCUGGGGGCCCUGUAGAUGGUCCAGUAAAAAAGAAAGUGACUAAGGUGACUGUUAAAUCUGAAAACCUCAAGGUGAUAAAGGAUGAAGCCCUCAGCGAUGGGGAAGAUCUCAGGGACUUUUCACAUGACCUCAAGAAGGCACAGCGUCCAAAAAGAGAGGUUGCUGUGGACAAAGGCCAUGAUGAGGGAGAUGAGGAAGAAAGUGAAGAUGACUGGGAAGAGGUUGAAGAACUUAGUGGGACUCUACCCGAUGACGCAGGAGAAAGUUCAGCCUCUCAAUCUGUUCUGCCUCUGAAGCCAGUGGAGAUAGAGAUUGAAACGCCAGAACAGGCGAAAACAAGAGAAAGAAGGGAGAAAAUAAAAAUGGAGUUUGAGUCCUGUCUUCGGAGGAUGAUGAAGCGUUUUAGUAAGGAAGUCCAUGAGAAUACACACAAGGUUCACCUGCUGUGCCUCCUGGCAAAUGGCUUCUACCGAAAUGCUGUGUGCAGCCAACCAGACCUGCUAGCCAUUGGCCUCUCCAUUGUCCCAGCUCGUUUCACCAGGGUACCACCUCAAGAUGUGGACUUGAGCUACCUCUGCAACCUGGUAAAGUGGUUCAUUGGAACAUUUACUGUUAAUGCGGACCUUUCAGUGCCUGAGCAAGGUAGCCUGCAGACCACACUGGAAAGGAGAUUCGCUAUUUAUUCAGCACGAGAUGAAGAAGAAUUGGUUCAUAUGUUCCUGCUGAUUCUGCGUGCCUUGCAGCUCCUGACCCGACUGGUGCUGUCUCUGCAGCCCCUUCCUCUCAAGUCCUCUGUGGCCAAGGAAAAGAAACUUCCUAAGAGUAAAACCACAGAGGAUUCUGGAGAUGCCCCAGGAACUUCCAGUCAAGCUGCAGAGAACCAACCUGAACGGCAGACCAGCAAAAGAACCAUGCAGGGAAAAGCCUUUCUUAAGGGCCCUGGCAAGGCAGAUACCAAGGGGAAGAGGAGGAAGACAGCCACAGGCAGCAUGAAGCAAAGAGAGCCUUCCUCCAGUGAGGGCGAGGUGGCUGGGCCUAGAGAGCAACCUCGUCGCAGCCGGGCCCGGUAUAGGGCCCAUAGGGUAUCUUACAAAGAGGAGAGCGGGAGCGACCCAGCUGCCAGCAGUUCUGACUUUGAGCCUUCCAGCGAGGAAGCCCAUUUUUCCUCUGAUGAGGGCUCUGAACCUGCCCCACCCAGGCAGAAGAGAGCUCCUAAUCUGCAGUGGACAAAGGUUGGCUCCAAAAAGGACUCCAGGACUCGGCCAAGGAGCCGCCGCCAGCACCCAGCAUCUUCUACCUCUCUAGGCAGUAAGAGAGGGAAGAAAGUAUCCCAGGACAAUGAAGAGGCAGGAGGGAAAGCAACUGGUGUAGACCAGUGGCUGGAAGUGUUCUGUGAGAAGGAUGCGAAGUGGAUGUGUGUGGACUGUGUGCAUGGGGUAGUAGACCAGCCCCGGGCCUGUUACAGAUACACCACCAAGCCCGUGACAUAUGUUGUGGGCAUUGACAACAAUGGUUGGGUCCGAGAUGUCACUCAGAGGUAUGACCCAGCCUGGAUGACAGCCACCCGCAAGUGCCGGGUUGAUGCUGAGUGGUGGGAUGAGACCUUGAGACCCUACCGGAGCCCAUUUGUGGAACGGGAAAAGAAGGAAGAUUUAGAGUUUCAGGCAAAGCACCUGGACCAACCUCUGCCUUCUGCCAUUGGCACCUAUAAAAACCACCCUCUCUACGCCCUGAAGCGACACCUGCUAAAGUAUGAGGCCAUCUACCCUGAGACGGCAGCAGUGCUGGGGUACUGCCGCGGCGAAGCUGUGUACUCCAGGGAUUGUGUGCACACCCUACACUCCAGGGACACAUGGCUGAAACAGGCAAGAGUGGUGCGGCUCGGCGAGGUGCCCUACAAGAUGGUGAAAGGCUACUCCAACCGCGCCCGCAAAGCCCGGCUCGCCAACCCCCAGCUGCAGGACCAGAAUGACCUGGGCCUGUUUGGCCACUGGCAGACAGAAGAGUACCAGCCCCCUGUGGCAGUGGAUGGGAAGGUGCCCAGGAACGAGUUCGGGAAUGUGUACCUCUUCCUGCCCAGCAUGAUGCCUGUUGGCUGUGUGCAGCUGCAUCUGCCCAAUCUACAUCGUGUAGCCCGCAAGCUGGACAUCGACUGUGCCCCAGCCGUCACGGGCUUUGAUUUCCACGGUGGCUACUGCCAUGCUGUAACUGAUGGCUACGUUGUUUGUGAGGAGUUCAGGGAUGUGCUUCUGACUGCCUGGGAGAAUGAGCAGGCCCUCAUUGAGAAGAAGGAGAAGGAGAAACGUGAGAAGCGGGCCCUGGGGAACUGGAAGCUACUGGCUCGGGGGCUGCUUAUCAGGGAGAGACUACAACUGCGCUACGGGGCCCAGAGCGAUGCAGCAGCUCCACACACAGGUAUGGGAGGUGGGCUGUCCGAUGAGGAGGAGGGAACCAGCUCACAAGCAGAGGCAGCCAGGGUCCUAGCUGCCUCCUGGCCUCAGAACCGAGAGGUUGAGGAAGAACAGAAACCAGCAUGCCCCAGGAAAACCAGAAGAGCGAAGAAAGAGGCUGCCAGCCACCUGUUCCCAUUUGAAAAGUGACCUAUGUUCCUGCUUCUGGAAUGUGGACAGGCUUGGGCGCUGAGGUCACGCUUGGGUGCCAAGGUUACACCGUAGGUGGGUCCCCGAGCUACUCACCAAAGCCCUGAGCUGGGGGCACUGCCCUUGGACUCUUGUUCUUUCCAUCUUUGGAAACGGGAAUUUCACUUUGUUUUCUUUAAUAGAAAGUGCUGGGAAAUUUAUGGGUGGAGGUACCCGGUGCAUCUGCUCCCACCAUACCCUGGGCCCUGGCCUCUCUUGGGGCUUAGGAUCCUUCCUCUACAGACUACUUAAUCCUUGGAUUAGGAGCCUGCUGCUGAGCACUGCCUCUGUGUAGAAAACAGGAAAGUCAGAAGUACAAGCCUCUCAGAUCAUGGCAUGGGGGGUGCUUCCUGGCGUCACAGCAGGAGACUAGGACAAAGAGUUAACAUAGGCAAAGAGUAACCAAGCAUUACAGAUGUUAGAGAAAGUGCAUCAGUGUUCAAGUAGAUUUUACUUAUUACCAGAUACAUUUACAAAGCUCUGUAUGCUCUUUGUUCAGAAAAAAUAACUUUUAUAACAUUUUGAGAAAGAAAAAUAAAGCAUUUAUCUAAAGAUUUGCCUGUGUGCUUUUUUCAGAUUUUACCUCAGCCAAGGAUGCCAACAAAUGCAUGUAGGUAGGAAAGAUGAAGUUUUGUUUUCAUGUGGGCAGGGAACACAUACACCUGGAAGUUUUUUUCUUAGCAAGAUGUUAAUCUUUGAGAAGAGUCCUUAACUACAGUGUUGAGUCACUUUUAUCCAAGGGACACAAAUAAAACCCUGGGUGUGACUCAGCAGCCACAGCACUGCUGCCUGUGUGGUGGAGAAACAGGCUGGGUUGCUAUAGAAACUGCAUCUCCACACUUCUGUGCCUGAGCCUACACCUAGAGGUGGGCGCUUCUGAGAUGAGGCUACUGCUUUGUCUGAAGAAAUAACCUGUUCAGGCAGGGCCACCUUAUAGGAGGCACUGUGGAGAUGAAAUGAAGUGGGUCUACAUCCUGCUUGUAGCUAAUGCAAAUGAUUCACUGCUGAUGUCAGUGGACCGUUAACAGCAAAAGGAUGUCAGACAUUUCUUGAGCUUAAUCUUCAGUCCUUGUAACCUUGUGAGGUAGAAAGGCACUGUCAAUUUACAGCUGAGGGAACUGAGGCUCAGAGCUCGGAUUUGCCAGACACCAUGAGCCAAUCUGGCAGAGUGGGACUUGUGCCAAUAGGAGCCAGUCCCUCCCCCUCUCCUAGCACAUUCUAAAGAUGCCUGGGACCUGAGUCAUAUGCUGCAAACAGCCAUAGCCAGCAGGCUCCCCACUGCCUGGAGUGCUUGGCUAUUUACAGGGACACCUUCCUUAAUUACGCAGAACAAUUUAGAAAUGAGUUACAUGAGCAGAUGGCCCCAACCAAACCCACAGAACGGUAAAUGUCUAUACCAAGAGAUAGAAAUUUAUUUUGAAUUUUUAUACAAAUACAAAGAUGGUACAAAUUUUGUGAUGGUUUCCCAAAGCCUUCAAAUUACUGUUAACACUUAAUUUUGCUGCACUUUUGAAAUUGGCAGUUUCAAAUGCAUGUCAGAAAAAAUUCCUUUCAGAUCUGGCCAUCACCUGAUUGUACUGCCUCUUUUCCAGAAGCAUCUGUGCAGAGUUCAGUGACUAAGUCAUGGAUACUAUUUCAGUCCCUUCAGGUGCUGGUACAGUGCAGACAACCAGACAGGGAGAGUACUACAGCCAGGCUCAGAGGUUCUUCCUCUCAGGGAAGCCACCAAGCACAUGGUUGCCACUCCCAGCAAGGGCAAAAUAACAUGCUACAAUAAACAGCAUAAAGACUGUAAAACGUACAUGAAGACAUCAAGGUUAUAACCUGCUUUAAGGGGUGGAAGAGGAGCUGGAAAGCUCGAACUGAAUUGAAUAAGGCUAAGUUUUGUCUGGGACAAGUCAAACCAUGGACACUAAGCAUGCAAAGAACCACACAAAAGCAGCUGUUCAAGGGCCAGCACUCCCAGGAUGAAAGGCACGGAUAGCAGGUGGCUUCCUGCACCAGCCCUUGCCCUCUCGCUCACAGAUAUGACUGAGUGGGUCAGCACGGAGGACACCCAGUGCAGAGCUUCAGCCCUUCUAGGGAUGGCUAACUGUAAGCUCCAACCAUCAUCCGGUGAGCAGAAAGCAAAUCCCUUUUCUAACACGUGCUCCAAAAGCUUCUCAAAGCUUCAGACCAUGCUUUCAUGUCAGCUGAGUCACACCCAGCUCAGCAGUUUUCUGUGCUCUGAAUUAACCUCAAAGGACAGACUCAAGGCUGCCAUCUGUAAUGAGAGGUCCACUGCUCAGGAAAUUUGGGCUUUUUAGGUCUUUG